ACAGUCAGAUAUUCCGUGUACAAAUAAUGGGAUGUUAGUCCACGGAAUAUCUAGUACAUUAUCAUGCUAAUGAGAAAAAAUAGCAACGACAAUCGACAUUGACAGAAAGCUAGAUUUUAAAUUGUUUACAAUUCACAGUAAAUGUGUGUUUAACAUUUUAUUUCUUAAAAUCACCUGGAAUGGAUAUAGAUGAAAUUGUUCUUUCUGAAAAUCAUAAUGGUACUUCCAAUGACUAUGGAAUCACAAAUAGUUCAAACGAGCAUUAUCAAUAUGAAUAUCCCAAGUUAUUCAAUAGCAAAACAUUGUUGGAGCUCUGUUACUCUUCAGCUGGAGUUCCAGCUCUAAAAAGCAAGGAGGACGUUCAACCGUAUUUGCGUGGCUGUAAGUGGUCACCAGAUGGUACGUGCUGUCUGUCUGUUGUAAAUAACGAUGGAGUGCAUGUAACUGAGCUACCGCGAGAUCUUUACUCGGGUUCUGUGGAUUCUAAACGCAAGAUAGAUGUCUUAGAUCCCGUUAUUCAUGUAAAGGAAUGUGGACUUAUUUAUGACUUUUGUUGGUACCCCGGAAUGAACAGUAGUAUUCCAGAAUCAUGUUGUUGGAUAACAACAAGACAGAAUGCUCCUAUACAGAUGUGGGAUGCUUUUGAUGGCUCUUUAAGAUGCUCUUAUAGAGGAUUUAAUGCUGUUGAUGAAAUGGAACCGGCUAUAUCAGUCACAUUUAAUAAUGAAGGAAAUAGAAUCAUAGGUGGAUAUAAAAAAGUUUUAAGGACUUUUGAUGUGGAAAGACCUGGCAGAGACUAUGCAGAGCAUAAAAUAAAUUCUCCUGCAUCAUGUUUUGCUACAAGCGGCAAUCUCCUUGCUGUUGGCUCUUGGAAUACGACAUUAAGUCUCUUCAAUGUAAAUGAAAUAGGCAAUUAUAAAAGUAUAGGAAAAAUGUAUGGACAUACAGGAGGAGUAACCCAUAUGAAGUUUGCAACUGAUGGCAUCAGAUUGGUGUCAGGUGCUCGGAAGGACCAUAGACUUUUAAUAUGGGACAUAAGAUAUUAUAAAACUCCACUUAAUGUGUUAACAAGAGCAGUAGAUACAAACCAAAGAGUUUACUUUGAUAUAUCACCAUGUGGUAAAUAUCUUGUCUCUGGAGGCACUGACGGUUUGGUAAAAGUAUGGGAUGCUAAUAAAGUCAAUUGGCAUUCAAGUUUGGAUGUCACAGAUGGAGAUAAAUAUAAUGUGACAUAUACUUUUCCAUUACACAAAGACUGUUGUAACAGUGUGUCUAUACACCCAUGUCGACCGAUAUUAGCUACUGGUUCAGGACAGUAUCAUUUUAGAGAUCCACUAGCAAAAUCCCAGGAUGAAGAAGUUAUUGACAAGGAUAAGCAUCAAGAUACUAAAGUCGAUAUAGAUAUGAAGUAUUCAAAUGAAACAGAGAACAGUUUAGUGUUCUGGUGGAUUGGUGAUAUUGAUUUAUAAAUAAUAGUGUGUCUAAAUAAUUUAGAUUAGUUUGACAAUUCAUUUCAAAUUUAGUAGGGA